AUGGGCCCGAAGAUCACGUUCACAUCUUCCGUGGACUCCGACGAUACUGCGACCAUUCAGAGCGAGCAGGACGAGUUCUUCUCGUUCGCACCUGAGUCUGCGUGGGCACAGGUGCGAGGUAGUGACUAUAACGGAGGUUCUGAACACCUCACCGUCCAAUCCGACACCUCCAUAUCCCUCUCCUUCGCUGGCGACCGCGUCGCACUCUAUGGCACCUACGGCAGCGACUACGCGAUUUAUGGUGCACAAUUGGACGACGGGCCCACAUAUAUCAUGAACGCCAGUCGCCCCAUCGCACCCUUGUCGCAGCAUCUGCUCUUUCAGGCGACUGGGUUAGAGAAGGGAGUGGCGCACAAUCUUACGUUGAAUAGCCUGUCGCAGGGCGGGGCGAAGUUUGCGGUGGAUUAUGCGGAGGUGGAUGGGGCGAGCAAUGCGAUGGGGAAGGCGGCGAACACGUCGGGGACGGCAGGCGGUUCGGCGAGCGAGUCGGCGGCGACCGCUGGUUCGGAGACUCGGCUCGGUGGCGGGUAUUGUAGCAGGCUCGAUAGCGGGCGUCAUGAUCCUCCUCGUAGCAGUCCUGCUCCUCCGAAGGCGUUCUCGGAGACGAACAAACGGGCAGCCGGACAUGCGGUCCACCACCCAGCCCGGAAUCACUCCCUACUUCAUCGCAACAGAAACUUGGAGGCACUCAGACUCGGAGGUGGCAAGGUCGACUUCGCCGUGGUUGAAGUCACAGCGGUCGAUGCCGUCUAG